AUCCGGUCUAUCCAAGACGGUUGCGCAAAGGUUGUGUAGAUUCGUCUCCACCGCCGUUGAAAAACCUCUGCUCUCGCGUUUCUUUCUCUCGUAACCGUUACAAAACAACAACAACUUCACUACGUCGUUCGAUAAUGAAGUUUGGUUUCAGUCUUCAAUCUCGAUCUGUUUUGUAGGAGAGCUAAAAAACAAGAAUAAAAGGAGAGAGAAAAUGUCGAGGCCGAUCAUGAUCGUCUUUCUUCUAGUUAUACUCAUAGUCACCUCUCAGUUCGAGUGGAGGCAACCACUUCUUGAGCUUGAUGCUGCUCCUAGCUUGUCUCAUAAACAUCAGCAAAUUGCAAAGAGGGAAGAUGCUGUCAAAGAGAAGAUCAUCUUGUCACAAGAGAGACAUAUCCAGAGGCUAAAUGACCUUGUACGGAGUCUUCAAAUGCAGUUACUACGAUGCAGAGGAGAGAACGAGACGCGAAACGCCACUGAAAUUCCCCAUCUCAACAAGCAGUUUAUUGAGCUCGAGAGGAAACACAUUGUGGAAGACUAGUUUGAUCCAGUAGUAAGUAAUAUAUAUAUAAACCCAAAUGGUACGUUAAAGCUGUGGGAAGCAAUCUUGUAUUUUAUAUCUUUUGUUGUGCUGAUGAUUUGAUUAGUAGGAUUGCUUUUAAUUAUAUGAUCAAGGUUGAGAUAUUCGAGUGUGUAAUGAAAUUUGAGGAUUAUGGUACUUGUAAUAUCCUUUAAUA